AUGACGCAAUCCCUCCACAGUGAUGGAGCUGUUACACAUAAGAAAUUGGACUUGGAACACAGAAUGCUUGAAAAAUGUAAAACUGUAUCAGUGACUGAUGAUAAUUGUCAAGUUUAUAUUCCUACAUUUUCUUGUCAACUGGGUGUAUAUAUUGAAGGAUCAGUUUCACCUCCUCUUUCUGGCGUCCAUAUAAGAGUUUUUGCUGCUGGAGAUAGCAGCAUUACUACACUUAAAAGUGGUGAAUUGGUUCUUGAAACGACCACUGGUAUUGAUGGUUCCUUUGUGACAGGUCCUCUGUACGAUGAUAUUGGUUACAAUGUUGAGGCUUCAAAGUCUGGAUAUCAUUUAAAACAAGUUGCGCCUCAUUCUUUUACUUGUCAGAAGCUUAGUCAAAUUUCAGUACACAUACAUCACAAAGAUGAUUCUAAAGAGCCCAUUCCUUCCGUUCUGUUGUCUUUGAGUGGUGACAAUGGUUAUAGAAACAACUCAGUAUCAGGAGCUGGUAGGACAUUCCUGUUUGACAAUUUGUUUCCUGGAAUGUUUUAUUUGCGUCCUGUUUUGAAGAGUAAAUUAUCGGGCAAUUAUGUAAGAAUAGUUCAAAGUGAGUACUCUGAAUCACGUCAAAGGACUUUAGAUAGAGCUUAUGAUGAAAUUAAAUAUUUAAGUUUUGGCCUUGGAGUUAAUGAUGAACGUAUGGCUGAACAAGCUUUGACCUUUUAUAAAGUUGCUAAUUUUUUUACAUCAGUGCUGGCGUAAGCAACGAUGUAGAAAUCAGAUAUUUCUACAUCGUUGCUAAGGAGAGAAACGAUGUUGAAAGCACAAGUUAUUACAUCGGUGCUGACGAGAAACGAUGUUGAAAGCGCCGGUUACUACAUCGGUGCUGACUAAAAACGAUGUUGAAAACAGGUUACUACAUCGGUGCUGGUGAGAAACGAUGUUGAAAGUGCAAGUUACUACAUCGGUGCUAGCGUAGGCACCGAUGUAGAAAUGAAUGUAAUUCUACAACGGUCAAUUUUGGAACGUUGUUAAAAAUAUAUAGUUUCAACAACGUUACAUACAACAACGUUUAACCAUCGUGGUUGAAUCCUGUUUUUGACCGAUGUUGAAAACUCGAUUUCUAGUAGUGUGAUUUAUAUAUUUUAGAAAGUAUAUCAUUCAUUAAAA